CCUAUCGGGAACGCGCCGAAGGAAACGCAGUGAGCGUCUUUGGGCACGUUAACGCGAGGCGGUAUCUAAAUAUAAUCAAGCAAGGGCUUCGACUUAAGUUGCAUUUCUGCAUACGGGGGAUAAGGUCUGCGUGCACACAAUGCUCAUGCAAGAAGCGCAUGGCAGAAUGCUGUUCCUGCACCGCCAACGCGGCCAACUGAGCAGAGCGUCUACAUCGCUUCAUCCUUUCAACAGCCAAACGCACUGCGCGUCUCCGGAGGACACAACUCGCCACUCAUGGGCCGCCUAUGGGCUAUUAAUAAGAGAACAGCACGACGGCGAAGACGGCUCCACCAAUGGCAACACAAACUGCCGAAGAUGUUAGCCUCUACUUGGUCCGGAUUUCUCAAGCCUGCGUGCGCGUUUCUCACGCAGAAAUGUGGGCCCUUCCCAGGGACAGUGCUAAAAAAGCAAAAAACCCACAGUUUGUUGCUUCUCCAACAGGCAACACGUGACGUGAUCAGGCGACAUCAUCAUCAUCUACCAUGACGUCAUUACGUAACGUCAUGUGUGACGUUAUGACGUUUUAGUCACGUCAAAGGCGAUAUGGUGACGUGACGAUGCCGUUAUUCUGAUAUAUUCGAGUUACAGUUGGAAGCAAUCAUGUCUACAGCUUGUGUGUAAGUUGUACUUUAAGAAUUCUCUCACGUAGUUUACUUUGUAAAAUUGCACUACUUCAAAAAGACACUUGCGCUAAGCGGAGGGUCUCGAGGAAUGGGCAUGUAUGCUGCACUUCUGAAAACGCGUUUACGCGCGCGAAUUACGUCACACGCGCAUGCGCGCCCGACGUACGCCGCUUGUGGUGGUGGCGCUUGUCUAACGUCGGCAACAGCUUUGCUGUGCAUGCACUUAAUAACUUCCUGUUCAUACUUAAAGGUACUGAGAACGUGCAUGUUUAUAUUUAUCAGCAAAAUGAUUUUUUUGGGAAAUUAUCAUCAAACGACCUACACGGACGCUGGAAGCGCUUUCGCGCCGUCUCUGCUGACAUUGUUGUUGUCUCACUGUUCUACUACUAUGGGCGCUUGCGUGGUCCGAGCUUAGGAGAUUACAAGAUUUUCCGUGACACGAACUGCGUUUGGCCCCAAAGUAUAAAUGACGAAGCCACGUGAACGCAUCUUCACGCUUUGUUCAUUCGGCUUACCCGGAGCUAAAUAAGCUUUCUGGCCCCUACUGCUGCCCAGAGCGUCGUGCGUUCACACAUUAGCGUUCGUACUAAACAGCUGUGCGCCUACGACAGCGUGGUGAAGGCCAAGCUAAAUUUAUGCAAUCCUUUCUUCGGACGCUGACCAACGCCGACGGUGUUUCUUCGGUCUCUUCUCGUGCAUCAUCGAGGAAAGUUGCAGCCUCUAAGCAGGCUCCACGUUACACCAGCGUUCCGAGACUGGGAAAUUAUUCUGAGGUGCCCUACAGCCCCAACGAUGAAGCUUGCCGUUAACUUCAACGCUUUUCCUUGGGGCGAACUCUUAUAGUUUUCACUGCACUCCAAAUGUUGUACUACCACAGAAAGACAAAGAAGACGAAGUAGCCAGAAGAUCGACGCUGCGCUGACGGUGGUGGUCGGGUCGGGUUCGGGACAAGUAGGGCGCGCACUUUCAGCUGGUGACGCUGCAGUUUUUUUUUUUUCGAUCUUUAACAUGGCGAGAAGCAGCAACACGGAAGGGAUUCGCCCGUACUUCACGGACCAGGAAUGGGUAAAGCUUCCCGAUUACAUGAAGACUCGCUACGGCAACAUCAAGGCAAACUACGACAUGAUGGUCGCACUGGGUCUUCAGCCACCAGUUCCUGAGUUUAUGAAUCCCAAGCCUGCAGCUCGUAACGUUCCAGCAAAGUCGAAGGCCGGGGGCUUAAGCGGCCAAAAAACAAAGCGCCGGCCCAGAGACCCAGAACCUGAAGCGCGAGCACCAAGGGAAGCACCAGUGAGGCGAUCGAAGAGGACAAAGGCGACAAUAAUAAAGGCCUCGGUAAACAAUGACGCACAAAGCAGCUCCUCAAGCGAACCACGUUACCCGAAGAGAAACCGAAAACGCAUCAAGUACGCGGAGAGUGAAGACGUUUCGGAUGAGGAAGCUCCGACCACUAAAGCCAGCGAAACGCGCUGGUCGACUCGAAUACGUCCCUCAAUGCGCAUCGAGAGCGAAGCGCCUGGCGACGAUCCGCUAAAGAGCAACGACGGUUGUUCUCUUGAAGAACCUAUUAAAUGCCCGGCUCACGGACCAUCGUUUUUUAUCAAACGGGUGCCACUCCAAGACUUCGAGCGAGCCAGAAAAAGUUUGCCCGAGGGCCUCGCAGUUCUCCGUUCUAAGAUUAAGGGAGCCCAACUUGGAAUCUUCACCGUGGUGCCACUUGCCGAGGGUCAUUGCUUCGGUCCCUACGCCCACUCCAGUGUGAAAGGCAGUGACCACAGUGAAGCUGCUGACCAGGAACUGGCUGAGAAGGCAACUUCGCAACAUAACGAGACUAGGCCGGAUAUAGCAAGGUGGAUUCGAUACGUCAACUGCGCUCCCAAUGAGAACGAGUGCAACCUCGUCGUCCUGCAACAAGCCGGGUUGGUGUACUACCAGACUUGCCAGCGCGUGGAACCUUCCAAGGAGCUCCUGUUGUGGUGUGGAAUGCCGCCGACGCCUUGGCAAUACGGAUUGGCUGAUAAAACAGCCGACGGCUUGAUUCGCAGGCGACAACGCGCAACUUUGAGGGCAGCGGUCACAUGCGACUCCUGCGGGUUCUGCUGAUCAUCGAAAUGUCUGCUGGACCGGCAUGGUGAUACCACGCACCCUCUCGCGGAGCACGCGAAGCAGCAGUGCUGAUACUAUCUACAUUACAUUAAUUAAAGGUCCCACAGCGGA